AUGAAUAAUAAAAGAUUAAAAAGAAAUAACGAUGAUGUUAUAAAGCAAGAAACUGCACCAAAAGAACCAAGUGAAGAAGAAUCAGAUAAAAACAUUUUAGAUGAAUAUGAAGAGUUUUUAAGAAGUGGUGUUGAUGACUGGACCUCAUUAAAUUUAAAGAGAUUUGCAAAUAAAAUUGGGUUAGAAAUUAAAAGUGGCAGUAAAUUAAGUAUACAUGAUAAAAUAUCACAGUUUAUACUACACAAGAAAUCACUAUUAAAAGAAAAUCAACCAACGAAUCAAUUUAAAGACGAACAACCACCACUUAAAAUUACAGAAGGAAUCGAAAAAGUAGAAGUUCUCUUUUGGAAAAUAUUCAGAAACAAAUUUUUAUAUAAUGUAAUUUUCUCAAAUUUUAAAUUCUCUCAAGUUUUCAACUAUCAAAGGCUGUACUCUGUAAACUAUAUAUUUUCAAACUAUAACAAUGCCCAAGAAAUAGUUAGGGAUAAAGUAAAAUCUGGCUCCUAUUUACUCUUUCACAAAAAGAAAAGUCAAUACCACGAGAACGGUUUUCAAUUUAUGUUUAAAAAUAUAGGCCAUAAUGAUAAUCCGGAUCAAAUCAAAGAAAACGAACUAUUUUAUUCAAAAAUAUUUAAAAACUAUACAAAGUACGAGGAGGAGUCAAACAUCAUUCAAUUUUGUAUAAGCUGUGGCAAUGUUCAAGCUCUAAAACUAUUAAAUUCAUCCAUGGAAUCAAUAAGACGUGUAAUAGAAAAUAAAUUCUUACCAUUUAACAUAAAAACAUUCAAAGACUUGAAAAUGGCACAGUAUCUGCAAUCUGUUGGUCUAGAUAUAAGAUAUGAAAUCGCUAAAUUUCAAUUUUAUGAAAUCUACAAAUCACCAUUCAAAUUAAAAGAUAUCAUAGAAAUUAUUCAGUUUUCAAUUAAAAUGAGGCCAGAGCUAUCAUCCAAAUUCGAAAAUAUCGAGAAAUCUACCAAUUUUACGUCGGAUCAGCUAAACUCAACUCUAAUAGAACUUUUAGAAAUCCAUUCAGAUAUAUUAGUAAAAGAUGAAGCCGUUACAGAUGAAAUUAAUAGUUUAAAAUAUCAAAUUUUACAAAUCGUUGACUUUUAUUACUCAAACAUCCCAUCAAUCAAACCAAAACCUCAAAUCUAUUAUCUCCUGUUUAAAGAUAAAAUGGAAAUUGGUGAAAAGCUGCUAAAAAACAUAAAGUAUCGAUUGUAUACCGAAUAUGGUGAUUUUAUCAAUUUUCUCAAGUAUAAAAUCGACCCAGAAUUCUUUUUAAAUUUUAUAAAAAAUGUAUUGUGCAUAAACAAUAAUGUAUUUGACUAUAUCUUUCAAAACAUAGCAAAAAACAGCAAUAUUCAACUAUUAGAAUUGGUACUUAAUGAACUUUCAGAAAUUGUUUUGAUAAAGAAAAAAAACCUCAUUCUUCAAUGUCUGGUAUCCACCGAGAUAUUAGAUUACCUUUAUACAAACUAUCAGAAAAUAUUUUUUUCAAAUCAAGAUCAAGAGUUUCUUUUUUUCAAAUCAAUACCAGUAUUGGAACACUUUGGAAAAAUAAUGAAAAGAGACUCAAGGAAAAUUACUCUACUCAACUAUCAAGCGCCGCUGUUUGACUUCUACUAUCAAGAAAAUAGCAAUGGAGAUAUACUAUUAAAUUUGAAUAAAAUUGUUUGCAACCCAGAUAUCUGUACUAUCGACCCAAAUGCAUCACUAGAGUCAUUCUCAUACAGAAUCGUAGAAGAACUUAAAAGAAAUGAUUAUAGUCAAGAUUUAUUGGUUUCAGUUUUAAAUUCUUUCAAAUUUAGUACAUUCAAUUUAGAGCUAAUACCGAUAGAACACCCAAUGAAAAUUCAGAGGUUUGCAUAUUGGCUUAUAAGAAAUAUAAAGAAAAUUAACUCAAUGCCCUAUUUAUUUUACAUCUCAAACAAAAUCACCAACUCCAACACCAGUAUCACCAAACCCAUAGUACAAGAUACCAUCCAACUCAGAUUUAAUAAAGAAAUCCAUUUAAAACUUCUUUAUAUAGUAGGUGACUAUGACAAGAUCUUCGAAAUGGAAAACUUAAAAAUAGAAGACUAUCAAGAUUUAAUUGAUGGAUUUGAAAAUAAUUUCUUAAUUCACCAAACAAACUACUUCAACUCUUUAAUAACACCAGCAUUUGUAGAUCAAAUAUUCAGUAAAAUAUAUGAUAAUAAAAUUUUUAAAGAAAGUUCUUUUAAUUUAAAUCAUUUUUUACUAGAUCAAAUUAUAAGAGUUGGUAACCUACCCAUUCUCAAACAUUUAGCAUUAAACUACAGCUUUUUAUUCAAAAAAGUAUCGAGCUCAAAUCCAAAUGGUAUGGAUGCUAUGUUUUUAAAAGAAUUAUUAAUUGAUUCGAUUAAAAUGAACUAUUUAGAAAUACCUCAACUACUCUCAAAUUAUAUAAACCUAACAAAAAAAGAAAUUGAAUCAAUUGGUAAUCCAAACGAUUAUAUAUGGUUAAAAUAUAAUCAAGAAAAAUAA